GGCGUGAUCUAGGUGCUAUGGAACAGGAGUCAAAUAUUUAUGGAACAGUAGUUAAGAGAACUGUAAUGGAGGAAGGACUAUAUUACUCCAAAUGUUUUACUUGCACACAUUCCCCUGACACUAUUCAUCACACAAAAAAGCCAGGGAAAUGGUCUCAUGUGCUACUCCUGUCUGUUAUCUUCCUCUCUCUCGGAGGUUCGAUCCCCGUCGGUUACAUUUGUGGAACCAGCACCAACCCCUAUCAUGUUGAAGACUCUUGGGUAGAACUGCCGAUGUCCAACCUCCGCACACUGUUGCUGGUGGGGGGAGUCGUUGGAACUGGUGUGUCGGCCAUCUUGACAGACUGGGCAGGCAGGAGGUACACAACCCUCGUCAGUCAGAUGAUAGGCACAGUUGGGGCAGCGACACAUCUUGCGGCCAGUCUUAUGCAGUCAGAAACAAUACUCAUAGUUGCUUGGCUUAUACUAGGACUGUUCAUCGGUGUGGCUGUCUGUGUGGUUCCUCUGUACCUGGUGGAACUCGCUCCAUACCCACUCAGGAUGUCCGUAGCAACCGUCUUCACUGUGGGAACGUCCCUUGGUCUCAUGCUCAGCGAAACUCUUAGUCUACACAGUGCUUUGGCAAUUGGGAAAGGACACUCAUUUCUGGUGCCUGCAUUUGCAUUUCUUCUAUUCGUAUCUUGGUUCUUCUUCCGACAUGUGCCAGAAAGUCCUUCAUAUUUGUAUUUUAUAGUGAAAGAUAAAAAUUUAGCUGCUCUGGAGCUAGCGAAGCUGUGCGGAAGCGAUGUGGCUUCAGCUGAAGCGGAGUUUGAUAACAGAUGUCUACAGAAAGAAACGUCUCAUCCGUUGAUGCAUCUGAUAUUGCUCUUAUUGCUGUGUGGGGCCAACACCAGCCAAGCACUAGGGGAAUCAGACCAGUUGUACCACAUCUCCGAAGCCCGGCCUAGACUAUCAGAGUCAGACGUCGUAGCAGCUGGCUACACUGCUAGUGUUGUCAACUGCAUUGUCGCGCUCAUGUUGGUACAACUGAUAACAACUGUUUCCUGGAGAGUUUUGCUCAUAACCAGCUGUGUCAGCUCUUCAGUCCUGCUAUUUGUCAUGGCUGCAUUUGCUUUACUGGAGGACACAAGCAAUAAGACAGUUUACUUCAUGUUGGCCACUCUACUCGUGCAGGUCAUUGUCUUUGAUCUCGGGUUAAGGGCAAUCCCAUGCUACUUGGCAACUGAAUUGUUCGGUGACAAGACAUCAACCAUCAUGAUGAGUGUUGGAGGAGCUGUCAACUUCUUAGGACAACUCGUCUCAGACCAGAUGUUUCUUCUCCUCGGAGUUGCAUAUUUCAGAUUCAUUGCUGCCUUGUUUUUGGCAUCUUUCGCUGUGUUACUACUGAUUUCUCUUCCUAAAGACUCAAGCUCUCGUGACAAGCCAAAGGUUCAUUCCAGUUUUAGCCAUCUACCCAAUCCUUAGUGACCAUUACAGGUCUGAAAUCUCCUGGAGCCAUCAAACGUGAUGAAAUGAGGCAAAUCAGUGUACCAGAGACAUUAUAUGACAAAAAUACACCUAAACUAAUUUUUACGACUUUCAAGUUUCAAGGUUUUAUCUUUAAAAUUCAUUUUAUGGACCUUCGAUACAGAAACCCACUUUUAAUCCCAUGUCAACACAAUGUAAGAAAGUUGUCCAGCGUCCUGUAAUUGCAAAAAGGAGAGUGAAUUCUAGAAAAUAAUUUGUAAAGGCUUUAAAGUGACAUCAAAAGGUAAAUUAAGAACACAAGUGGAAUUCAAACAGUUAUAUUUCAACAAG